UUUUUCAUUUUAUGACACAAUCACCUCACCAUCUAUAUAAAAACCUUCAUUCGUAUCAAUCUCUUACUCAUCCACAAUAAUCAAAAUCAAAAUGGCAGCUUACACAACUUUCAAGCUCUUUCUUCUCACAGCUGUUCUAACCUUGACUAUGCCAUUCUUAGCCACAAGUGCUCGACCUUUGAAUCCUAACCUAAUUCGGUCGAACCCGAACCUCGCAGCCAGGUUGAAUUUGGGUGAAGAAUCUUCCAACUGUUGGGACUCUUUGUUUCAACUCCAGGCAUGUUCUGGUGAGGUUGUCAUGUUUUUUCUAAAUGGUGAGACUUACUUGGGUCACAGCUGCUGUGAAGCCAUUCGGACCAUUGAGCAUCAGUGUUGGCCUGCCUUACUUGGCACGCUAGGGUUUACCGCGGAAGAGACUGAUGUACUCAAGGGUUACUGUGAUGAAGCCGAUCAUGUCAAAUCCCCGCCGGCAAAUCCACCAUCACCACCUUCAAUUCAUGAUCCUAUAAAUGUAAAAGUUGUUCCUAAUUUGGAGAAGUUGGUCCCUUGAAGAAUUUGAGAUCUUCAAUCAAUAAGAAUAACGCAUGGGGUCUCUAGCCAUGCUAGUUACUUAA